CAGGUCUAUAUCCGUCCCCGCCUUUACGGCUGGGGGGGCAGGGAGCCUUUUUAUUUGUGCCCCCUUUGUUUGCUUGUUUGCAUGUUCCGUUUUUGCAGGCAGCCUCCGCUCGCGCCGCACCGCGGAGCCCACGAUGAACUCGAGCGCCGCGGGCGUCCAGCCCUUCGCCAGUCCCGUGCAAUUUCCUGGCGGCACCACAGUCCUUGUGGAGCUCACUCCAGACAUCCACAUUUGUGGUCUGUGCAAACAGCAGUUCAACAAUCUUGAUGCCUUCGUUGGUCACAAAAGGAGUGGUUGUCAACUGUCUGGCACAACAGCUGGAGCUACCAGUACAGUGCAGUUUGUGGCUGAAGAAACCGUGCCAGCCACACAACCCCAAGCUGUGGCAAGAACCAUCACAUCAGAAACACAAACCAUCACAGUGUCUGCGCCUGAGUUUGUUUUUGAGCAUGGCUAUCAAACCUAUCUGUCUGGUGAGAACGGUGAACCUCGGACAGCUACUCUCAUUACCCCUCCAACAAAAUCACGCAGCAAAAAGUCCAGUGCAUCAGUGGCACAGAAGAAAUUUAAUUGCAGCUACCCAGGGUGUCAGUUCAAGACAUCCUAUGGAAUGAAAGACAUGGAACGGCAUUUAAGAACACACACAGGCGAUAAGCCCCAUAAAUGCGAAGUUUGCGGCAAGAGUUUCGGUCGAAAGGACAAACUGAAAAUGCACAUGCGCUCCCACAGCGGCGUGAAACCCUACAAGUGUAAGCACUGUGACUACACAGCGGCCGAGAGCAGCAGCCUAAACAAGCACCAGCGCAUCCAUUCAGAUGAACGCCCUUUCAAAUGCCAGAUCUGUCCUUAUGCAAGCCGCAAUUCCAGCCAGCUCACCGUUCAUCUCAGAUCCCAUACUGGAGAUGCUCCUUUCCAGUGCCGUCUGUGCCCUGCCAAAUUUAAAAUCAACUCUGACUUGAAGAGGCACAUGCGUGUGCACACGGGGGAGAAGCCCUACAAAUGUGAAUUCUGUGAGGUCCGGUGUGCCAUGAAAGGUAACCUGAAGUCCCACAUCCGCAUCAAGCACAACAUGGAAAAUGCCUUCAGGUGCCUCGUGUGUAAGUUCCAGUGUGGGAACAAGACAAGUCUCAGGCAGCACCUGCGCACCCACCAGCCAGAGCAGCCAGUGAAAUGCUCAGAGUGCAGCUAUUCCUGUUCUAACAAGGCUACCCUCAAAGUGCACGAGAGGAUCCACUCCAAGGAUCGUCCUUUCAAGUGUGAGUUCUGCCGCUUCGAUACCAAGCAGCGGAGCAAUUUGACCACGCAUGUGAAGAAAGCCCAUCCAGAAAAGGUCAGGGUCAAGGAAAAAACAUCAGAUCAAGGGGAAGGAGAUCGGCCAAAGGAAGGCAACUCCAGACAAGUUGCCAAGCUAGAGGCCAAGAAAGCCUUCAGAUGUGAUCUCUGUGAGGCCUCCUUUGUCCGGGAAGAUUCUCUGAGGAGCCAUAAAAGGCAGCAUGUUGAAUACAAUGGAGCUAAAACUUCUGAGCUGGCCGUCCUGCACUUCCAGAUGGACCCCACCCCACAAGAUGGUACCCCUAUUACUGUUAGUCAUCUUCAGGUGCCAUUACACACUUCCCCAUAUGGGGAAGGGCAGGUCAAGAUCAUCGUUGGGCAUCAGCUGCCACAGGCCACCAGCCUGGAGCAAAGAGGACAAGUCAGUAUUAUGUCUCCUACCUUAAUAAGUCAGAAUCCGGAUGAUCUGUCCAGCAGUAACCAGCUGCAAAUUCUGCAGCAGGUGAGUUUAUUGGCUCCACCCCUUCCUGUUGGGUCUCCAGUAGAAAGCCUUUCCAUUAGCCAGCCAACAGUCCUUCUCACGACUCAGGACCAAGCUGAUGGAAGCACAUCAAACCAGACCCUGAUCUCCACCAUUCCAGUAGGUAGCCAUGAGGUCUCAGCUAACCAGGCAUUCAUCAAUGGCACUGGGAUCAGCUGCUCAGAUUUGGAAGGGCUCAAUGCUUUAAUUCAAGAAGGGGCAGGAGAAGUGACAGUGGUGAGUGCUGAAGAUCAGAACAUCUCAGUGCCGGCAUCAGCCUCCCCUCCACCAAUCUUUUCAUCUUCUCACUCAGAGGUGCCAAAGCAAACCUACUCCAUCAUCCAGAGUGGAGCCCAUGCAAGUUUGCUGUGUCCUGCUGACUCCAUACCAGAUUAGGCUGGGAGCUGAAAAAGUCAUUUGUUUGCUCUAUUCAGUCCUAGAGUGCAUUCUAGAGGGGGCUGUUCAGUGAAGCAGGCAAGGUCAGCCUAGGGUCCCCUCUGUAAAUGAGCAUACAGGUAGUCCUUGCUUAACAACCACAAUUGGGACCGAAAUUUUGGUUGCUAAGUGAAGCAGUCAUUAAGCAAAUCCAACCUGAUUUUAUGACC